AUGCCCCACAGAUCUCAACCGCCUGUUGUGCGAAGAUCUGGGGGAGGGCGGCAGGCACCUGGGCCUCGAGCCGGCGCGGGCGGCCAAGUACAUGGGCGAGGUUAUGCUGGCUUUGGCGUACCUCCACGAGAGCGACAUCGUGUAUCGGGACGUGAAGCCGGAGAACAUCCUCAUCAACACCUGCGACGAGGCCAAGCUCACCGACUUCGGGCUUGCCAAGGUGCGAGGAGAAGUUUGGCGGGCGUCGGAAGUUGUUGGGUGCUGGGGAGGAAUCGCCUGCGACCUUAA